AUGGAGGGCUGACACAAGUUCAUGAUGCUGGAGAAGAGGCAUUCCUUCGAAUCCACCUCCUCGUCCUUCCAAAAUUGGAGUCCAACCAGAAGCAAAGCCGUCUUCAAAUGGGGACCCACGAGAUUAAAUACAUUCUAAAAAUGGGGACACAUUAAAAUCAACACCAGUUACAAGUAGAGCUCCAUCAGCAACAAGGCCGCCUAAACGUGUGCUCUCACCAAAUGCGACAAUAUCUACAAGUGGAGUUCCACCAGCUAAAAAGCCUUCCACAAGUGGGUUGCCACCUUUCAAAGGGCAUCAAACAAUUAUGGCCCCACCAGCUAAAGGGCAUCCCAAAAGGGCUAAAAUACAUUCUACAAGUGGGGUCCUACCAGCUGAAGGACAUCCUAAAAGGGCUAAAAUACAUUCUGCAAGUGAGGUCCCAUCAGCUGAAGGGCAUUCUACAAGUGGGAUUUCGCCAUUUUUGUUUAGCAAGAGAAAGCGUAAAGAGCUCGACAUUCAAACAUUAUACUACAUCAGAUCCGCUCUCAAAGAUGUGGCAGCCAGGAUGCAGAUCAAUGAAGUCCAACAUCACAAGCUUACCGAAUUGCUGGACAGAGUCUUCAAGAGUUACAAUUAUUGUGAGCUGAGAAAGGAGAUGAAAGUUGCUCUUUCCAUGAAAAAAAUUCCGAGAGAUUGGACCGAUGAGAGGAUUGGAGACUUGAUCAGAUUCAAGAAUAAGAUGGUGGUGUUUUUCCAGUCAUGUCUGAACGCUUUCAGAUUUUUUUGUACUGAAUUGUACUUCACGCAGAGGCUACAUAGUGUUCAACGGGUUUUGCAAAGCAUGUUGGAAACGACGAUAGCAGUACAUGCUGCACUAAACACAACUCAACAAGCCGAAGCUGUUCCGCAUCCCAACUUGAGAGCAAUCAGAAAGAGGACUCAUGAUGUCAUGGAAAGAGGUUCAACACGUCACAACAUCACAUGCACGUGUGUCGUCUCUCCAUCUCCACAACCGGCGGCCAAGCGAGCAAAGGCAAAGCAGUAAAAACUCACUAUUCAAUUUUCUAUUCUAUUUUCAAAUUUAUUCUCGCCUAUGAGAAUAAAAUUAUGAGGUAACAUUUUUAUCGCCAAUGUUCUUCCAUCCUUAUUUUGUAGCCACACUGGAUGAUGGCGUUAUAAAUUAUUAAGUUAGUGACUUUGAGACUGAAGGUUUUCUCUUUAUAUCUCAAAAUACUUUUUGUGCAAUUUAAUGGAUAACGGAAAAUGUGAAAUUGUACUUUUUACUGUUUUUUAUAACAGUAAUUGAACUUAUUAUAAAAAUAAGUUCACUCUGUACUUCUAAUUCUGCGUUUGUAAACAAAAACAAAAUCUUUUUACUUUGCUACUUACUCAAACAAUGCUAUUGUUUUACAAAUAAUUUCUAUGUUGGUAGCAAUGAUCCAUUUGUACUUUAUAACAAACGUUUUCAGGGUGUCCACAGGGCGGGGAGACCGGGAAUUUCGUUAUUGAGGGAAAUAUACGGGAAUGUUGUCGAUAUGCGGAAAUGCUUCUUACAUUUUUACACUUCCGUCAACUAGCAAUGUUUUCAAGGACAGAGUUAAAAUCUAUCCGUUGAAAGAGUGGAGUAGUGAUGGACGAUGCAGGUUGGUGUAUCAAUACGGAGUAAUAUCGAUAUACCGAGAAUUUUGAAUUGAUACGGCGUUUUAUCGGUACACCAAACCGUGUCGAUACAUCUAUACGUAUCGGAAAUGCAUGUUGUAUCGUUCGAUAUGUGUAUUGUAUAGGUUUUUCUCGAUAUUCACAAAAAUCCAUUUGUAUAAAAUCGAGUAUACUGUAUCAUAAAAAUGUUAUUAGAAGAGAAAGAGCUUGGUAAUGAGCAUACUCAUUGAGGAUUAGGAGUCAUAACGCUCAACGGUAGAGGGGAACACGCCAAUACAAGAUGGGGUGUUCUAUUGUUAUGGUCAAAAUAGCAUUAUAAGAUAUCAAAUCGAAAAAUCCCAUAAAAUUCGCCAAUCACCUUUUAAUUGAAGUUCCAGACUCUAACCGGAUUUUUUGUAUAAUUAGAGAAGUAUUAUUCAAUCUUCUCAUGCUUUAAUAACAAAUGUUUCUUUUCCAAAUAUUAAAGUAACAUCAUGAAACUAUCAGCGCGUUUGUUAAUGUAAGACUGAUCGAACUUUCCCAGGUUGGAAUCGAAUCACAUUACGAGUCCUAUAUAAUGUGUGACCUGUUAUAUGAUACAUUUUAGUUAAUGGACAAAUUGAACUGUUAGACACUUUGACUUUUUUUUAUAAAAAUUAUCGAGUUGAAUGCGUUACUAUAAUUUUUCUUAUGAGCUUUUGUCAAUAUUUGUCAAUAUUAUUUUAUUAAUAUACUGUAGAG